CGUCACGUCCUGUUUUCCAGGGGAAGAAGAGCAAAUGGCACAUGAUGAAACCUGAAACAACAUGCUACUUCUUUUUUUUUUCUUUAUCUGGUUGUGUAACUAACGCUAAGGUUGUUUAAAAAGAAAAGUCAUAUUUUAAAAGUAGUUUUACUAGUGUACUUCAUCCCCACAUUCUCAAUUCAGACCUCGGUUUGUCGGAAACGUUGCCAAGAUGCCUGUCCUGUGCAGUAACUGUGUUGACAAGCGUGCUGUGCUGAAACGUCCAAAAACGGGUCAUUCGCUGUGUAAGGAGUGCUUUUUCUGGGCCUUUGAGGAGGAGGUGCAUCAGACGAUCGUGGCAGCACAGCUCUUCAAACCUGGGGAAAUAGUUGGAAUUGCUGCCUCGGGUGGAAAAGACUCUACAGUGCUCGCACAUAUAAUGAAGCUUCUAAAUGAGCGAUACAACUAUGGCCUUGAACUUAUGCUUCUCUCAGUGGAUGAGGGAAUCUCUGGUUACCGAGAUGACUCCUUGGAGACAGUAAAGAGAAAUCAGCAACAGUAUGAACUGCCACUGAAGAUUGUGUCAUAUGAGGAGCUGUACGGCUGGACUAUGGAUGCUAUAGUGAAGCAGGUGGGACUGAAAAAUAACUGCACCUUCUGUGGAGUGUUCAGAAGGCAGGCAUUAGACAGAGGAGCCAUCAUGCUAAAAGUGGACAAGAUAUGUACAGGUCACAAUGCUGACGACGUGGCAGAGACAGUUUUGAUGAACGUCUUGCGAGGGGACAUAGCGCGUCUGCGCCGCUGCACUGCCAUUUCCACAGCCAGCGAAGGUGAAGGGGUCGUGCCGCGCUGCAAGCCCCUCAAAUAUGCAUAUGAGAAAGAGAUUGUUCUCUACGCGUACUUUAAGAAGUUGGACUACUUUUCCACUGAAUGUAUCUACUCUCCCAAUGCUUAUCGUGGUCAUGCAAGGACAUUUUUAAAGGACCUGGAGAGCGUGAGGCCUAGCUCCAUAAUGGAUAUCAUCCACUCAGGGGAGAACCUGUCUGUGCGGGAGGGGGUGAAGAUGCCUGUGCAGGGAACCUGCAACCGCUGUGGCUACAUAUCCAGCCAGGCUCUGUGCAAGUCAUGUGUCCUGUUGGAGGGGCUAAACCGAGGUCUGCCGAAGCUGGGCAUCGGCAAACACCACCGCCUCCAUGACAAAAUCCUCUCCCAGCAGCCCCUUACUGAGAAGGAGGAGAGGAAGCUGAAAUCAGCAGACUUUUGACAAAUAUUAUCACUGUUUUAUUUAACA